AAUUUUCGAGCUCACGAGUGACUUGUCCACUCAGCUUCAAGCUCGCGUCGAGUCUUCACUCAGAAACAUCAUCAGAUCAAACAUUUCCACACAGUUUGGACGUACCUCAAAUGUCCUGUCUGGCCUCCGUGAUGCCCUUGUCAGCGUCGACCUGAACGAUCCCGCUGCCUGCGCUAGAGCAUUCAAAAUCUCAAACAUCCAACUGACAGACUAUGACCAGUACGCCUCCUACAUCGCCAAAUUCUUCGAUUCUUCACCUUGCCUGUAUUCUGAUGUCGUGGACCUUAUGGCUCCCGGUAUACCGCAAUGCUUCGCGAUGUCGAGUAUGACGUCUGGACGUGCAUCGAAACCAGUUCCAAGGUACAGGGAUCCCAACCGUUACAAAGAUGUAUCACCCGUUCGCAGAGGUACGCGGAGAGGAAGAAGAUGGGGAAAUCACGCGCAUACCAUGUGCGCCUGGCACGCCCUUUGGCUGGCGCGUGAUGUUGGGGUUCGAAGACUGUAAACAAGAUCAAGAGAGACUGGCAGAGGCAAUUCCAGGGAUAACAGCUCCUUGGGGCGCCACACUCAUUCCAAACCACCGCUCGAUGAUGCUGACACACGCAGUUUUUGCGCUCGCGGAGCGGUCCCUUGAUACGUUAUGCACGUUGUGGACUACGACAUUUAUUGACUUCAUUCGGUUGAUCGAUGAAGAGUGGGAGAUGCUCGUCGGUGCCAUUGGUGAUGGUCACUUGCCUCAGCUACCCGAAAUGGACGACGUGUAUUCCAGCAUCAGUCCAACAUUUAGCGCCAAUCCAGAUCGAGCGAAAGAGCUGCGCAACCUCGGACCGCCCUCCCAAACCGCUGAGGGAUGGGCAACAAAAGCCUGGCCCAGGUUCGAGCUACUAAUAGCUAUCACCACAGGCACGUUUGGGCGUGUAUUACCCAAGGCACGAGCGUUUAUUCCAUUCAUUUCGCGGGCGCAGUGCCUAAAGCAUCAGAAACCCUCCCAGGUCAGAGCCUAUAUCGGGCCGGAUGUUCCCGUUCGCAAUGUGGUGUACGCUUCUGCGGAGGGGGGAAUUGGGAUCGUAUACAACGACCGGUUACCGAACGUUGUACAGGUGGUUACUGAUGAUUAUAUUGAGUUCCUCGAGAUUACUCCCGCGGAUGAAGAUGGGGAGCUGAAGCGCAUGUGGGAAGUUGAUGUAGGAAAAAUAUACGAACCAGUAAUCACCAUGCGCAAUGGUCUAUGGCGAUACCGCAUGGCAGACGCCGUACAGGUUGUCGGUUUCUCCCCUAUUGAUGGUGUGCCCUUGAUUGAAUACAAAGAACGACGCCAUCAGCUCUUGAGGGUGGGUGAAGUGCUCGUCUCUCAGGCAGAUAUACUCGCCUUCGUCGACGGUGUAGAAGGGAUUAACGAGUCCGAGUUCGUGACAUGGUGCGAUGAUCGUGGCCCGAGUCCUACACUUGGCUUCUUCCUAGAGAAGGCCCCUGAGCGACUUUCUUUGGCUUUGGAAACACGGGAGACUAUCCUAAGCAACAUUCACAAGCAAAAUGAGAACCUCCCCACCGCUUCACAGCAAUGCAUAUGGGAGAGACCGACCAUACGUUUACUUGCUCCAGGCACGUUCAGAGAGUUCAGGCAAUGGAAAGGGAAACUGUCGGGGAUGGGAAGUGCGCAGAUCAAAGUACCGACCAUCUUGGCUGAUCCUAAGGGUCGGGAGUUCUUUUGUCCAGGGUAGUCUCCGAAAUAGAGUAAAGAGGGUUUUAUGGGGUGUAUUUACGCUUAUCGGUGUUGUACAAAUGUUUGACUACAAAUCACUUUGAUUAGUGGACGUGCA